AUGUCAAUUAUGGUCCACAGUAAUAACAAUAGCCAUAAUACCUCACCAUUCACUAAAGCUAGUUCCUUUAACUCAUCAACUACUAUUUCAGGUAAAAUAGACAGUUUAACGAAUAUUGCCAAUAAUGCAAAUGCCACCACACAAUUAUACAACAAUUACACUGCUGCACCGAUAACCACCGCAUUUAGCUGUAAUGAAGCACCACAAGCCAACAAUCUUCAGUUGCCGUCUUUAAAGCAUUUAAAAUUAUUACCUAACCCGCAAAAACAAGAAAAUUCCUAUAAUUAUCCAGAUACUAGCGAGCCGACUCCAUAUUGGAGACAAAAUUUAAUGUCAUGGUGUAAGAAAACUAGUUAUGAGCAAUAUUUACAAAUACACGAUUUGGUUAUACAACAACAACAACAACAACAACAGCAUGCUGGUAAAACAUUUAACAAUAAAUUGGAUGUCUUAGCUUCUGUAGCUACAAUUAGCGAAUUACCUUGUUCAAUAGUUAAUCCACAUGACCAGUUUUAUGGUUUAUCUAAUACUUCUUCAUACUGUUACAGUUUACCACCACCCAUAGACAAUAGAAACGCCACGAAAAAUAAUGCUACCGUUCCCACUACUAAUAGGAAUGGCCAAGUAACUCCACCCCAAAGUCCUGAACAAAUAGGCCCCAUUUUUACACCUAUGGUGAGUGGUAAGUUAUUACAUACAAUCAAAAUAGUGAACCAACAUAAGAAAACAAACAGUUUCAAAGCAAGACAGUUAAAAAAAAUUUUAAAUAAUAGAGAUGUCCUGCAGAAAAAUUCAUUAACGUUACAAAAGAGGAAAAGUAAUAAAGUAACUAAAGCUAACGGUCUACUUUCCUGUAAUGUUAAUGGUAAAAUAUUAGUUGAAUCAUUUACACCGCCGACCUCACCACAACACAGUGAUCAUAUUGAUAACACAUUGUCUUCCAAUAAUAGUUUUGUAAGUACACCCAGAAGCAGUUAUAAUAAUAAAAUCAAUAAAAAUAAUGACGGUAAUAACAGAAAGGUGGAAUUAAUAGAACAGUCUAGGACUACUACCGCUAGCAGCAACAACAUCAACAACAAUUCUCCGACAUUUCAUACAUUUGUACUACAAUCAUCACCAGUAGAUACGAAGCACAAUGGUGCAAAUAGCAUGAGCAGUAAUAAUGAUAACUGUAUUAGCCACACAAGUGUGUUUACAACACCUGCAACAGCUAAAACUGUAGCUACAUCGGCUUCGAAGGGUUUAAAAAGGUUUAAAGAUUCUUCUCCUACAAAUACACCAACUAAAAAAAGGAGAAAGAGUUUGACAUCAUUAACAAAUCAGCCACGAAAGUGUAUAUCCUGCCAUUCCAUGGAUUCUCCCUGUUGGAGACCUAGCUGGAGUGGUAAAAAACACGACCAAUUGUGUAACAGUUGUGGUUUGCGUUACAAAAAGACACAUAGCAGAUGUUUGAAUGAUAACUGUAGGAAGAUUCCUAGUAAAGGCGAAUUAUCACUGAUGAAGACGCAUGGAGAAAUUCAACAAGUUUCUUCAACUGGGACAAUACUUACUGGUUUAAGCUGUUUAUUUUGUGGACACGUAGUAGAAACAAAGUAG